AUGGCGACCCCUAGCAAGUUGGAGCUUGCCAUGCGCACCCGGUCGCUCCGCGCCAUCCAGACAGAACUGGAAUUUCUCGACUCGGUCGGCUUGAUCACCCCGGCCCAGAUGAACUCCAUACUCCCACCCCUCAAAGCCAUCGCCGACACACAUGCCACCGAAGCGGAGCGAGUCUCAUCACCGGCCACCCGACAGCUGGCACAGCCGGAGCCUGUGCACCCAGUGCCGGCGCAAAACCAACCUCCAGCCCCCUAUGCACCAUCCUAUUCCCCUCCCGCAUCGCAGAUGUCCAACAUGUCGAUGAACGAGAAGGCCGGCCAGCGCAAUCAAUACGCAAGCCCGCCCCCGCAGGCCCCGCCCGCGUACCCCCAAGUCCCUCCGGUCAAAAUGGCAACUGCGCUCUACCAAUACAGAACUCAGGAUCCUGGUGAUCUGUCCUUCGAGCCACAGCACCGCAUCGAAGUGACUACGGAGCUGAACAAUGACUGGUGGCGUGGUCGCAACCAAACUACUGGACAGGAGGGUAUCUUCCCUUCAAGCUACGUGGCUGUUGAGUCGGAGAAGGCUGCUCCUUACCAAGCGCCCCCGCCUACAAACUAUGGGAACAUGCCCCUCCAAGUUAGCCAGGGUGGACAGCCCUCCAACCCCGCGAACCCGGAGGAUCCUAAGCAGAACAAGCUCGAAGAAGGCGGUAAAAAGUUCGGAAAGAAGCUGGGCAAUGCUGCAAUCUUUGGUGCCGGUGCUACUAUGGGUUCCAACAUCGUGAACAGUAUCUUCUAA